AUCAAAAUCAGACAUUUGAAAUUAUGUCCACAUCAUCAAUGUCGAAUUGUUUUUUCAUUAGUACACUUCCAGAUUAUCUUCUUGAUCGAAAAGUAAUUAUAAACAAUAGUCAUGUACAUUCUAUAAGUGGAUUUAAACUUGCUAAAGCAAGUACAAUUUUUAAACAUGAACUAAUUAAAUUACGUCAAUUUGAAUUAAUAAAUUAUCAUUAUAGAAGAAGAAGAACAACAACAACAAUCAUUAAAUCACAGUAUCAAUUACAACCUAAAAGUUUAUCUGAUUUACAAUUUCAACCACUUAUACUUAAUUAUACAAAUAUUUAUGCCUUAGAAUGUUUAUUAUCAUUUAUUCAUUGUAAUCAUGAAACUCGUUAUAAUUUAUUAAAUAAUAAUAUUAAACCAUCUACUAUUAAUUCAUUAUUAGAAGUAGGAUUAUAUUAUGAAACAUUUGAAUUUAUAAAUGAUUGUAUUCAAAUGGUUCAAUAUAAAUUAAAUACAAAAAAUUGUUUAAAUUAUUGGAUGAAUUCUGAAAAAUUAAUAAAUCAAUUACCAAACUAUCAAUUGAUCACUUUGAAUUAUUUAUUAAUUCAUUUUAUUGAAAUUAGUCAAUAUGAAGAAUUUUUAAAUAUAAAUUUUAUUGAAUUUAAAAAAUUAUUAAUAGAAGAUUCAUUGAAUAUUUCAAAUGAAAAAUAUUUAUUUGAUCUUAUUAUAAAAUGGAUUCAUCAUAAAAUGAUAGAAAGACAAUUCUAUAUUUAUGAUUUAUUAGCAUGUUUAAGAUUGGGUAGAUUAUCAAAUGAAUAUUUAGAUGAUAUAUCACAACAUUCAUUAGUACAAACAAUGUGGAAUUCAUGUCAUCAUUUAAUACGUUUAGCACGUUAUUCUAAUAUAGAAUUAAUUUCACAAUUCAAUAAUAUGUUAACUUUUAAAUUAAAAGAUGAAACUGAACUUUUCACAUAUCUUCAUAAACCACGUCUUCCUCAUAAUGCAAUUUUUGUCAUUGGUGGAUGGGAAGGAAAUCAACAUGAUUCUUAUUUUGGUCCAUCUAAAAUAAUUCAAGUGUAUAAUUCACGAGCUGACACUUGGCGUCGUAUAGAUUCUGAUGAUUUAACUCUUAAUGUGGGUCAUGCUUAUUCUGCUUGUGUUUUGCAUAAAACACAAAUUUACAUUGUAGGUGGUUAUGUGCCUAGUGGGCCAACUCAAACUCUUAAAGUUUUUGAAUUAACCAGUCAUAAAUGGAAGAUUUUAUCACCAAUGCAUGAGAAAAGAAAUUAUGUGUGUGCAUGUAGUUUAAACAAUUAUAUAUAUGCUAUUGGUGGACAUAAUGGCAAAUUUCGACUGAGCUCAGUUGAACGGUAUGAUAUAGAACAAAAACAGUGGUUUUUUGUUUCACCAAUGCAUCGAGUUCGUAGUGACGCAGGAGCUCAUUCAUUUUCAGGGUUUAUAUAUGCUGUCGGAGGUUUCGAUGGUGAGCAUUUUCAUAAUUCUGUAGAAAUGUAUGAUCCCCGUACAGAUCAAUGGUCAAUAGUAGCUCCAAUGAAUAGUAUUCGAAGUGGUGUUAGUGUUAUUGUAUAUGGUCAAUAUUUGUAUUCCAUCGGUGGAAACGAUGGACGUCAAAGACUACGAACAGUAGAACGAUAUAAUCCGGAUACAAAUCGAUGGCAAAUGAUGCCUUCAAUGAUGCAUAAAAGAAGUAAUUGUUGUGUUACUACAUUAGACGACACGAUAUAUGUCAUUGGAGGUUGGAGUGAUGAAACCAAUUCAACAAUCUCUUCAGUUGAACGAUGGUCUCCGAAUUCUUCUGGUCAUUGGGAACACGCAAGAGAAUUACACAUCCCAACAAGUGGGAAUUGUUGUUGCACCGUGACUGGGAUAAAUUUAUUAUUAAACUUCAUAUGAAAGUAAAAAGGGUAUAAAUAAUAAAUUUGUAAUAUCCUAACGAGUAGAAAAAUUAGAUUUUCUGACGCUUCGUGGCUUAGUGUAAGUCACUUCUUCAGAGAAUAAAG